UUGUUAGUUUGAAAACAUUCUGAAUUCGUUCUUCAUUCGAGAAAGACACGACACAAAAAGUUCUUCACCAAUUCAUUUUAAAAAAAUUUUAAUAUUUUACGUAUAAAAAUGUGUAUCGUAAUGCCAGAACAACAAACAACAACAACAACAAUGGUUUCAACAUUAUCUAAGAAGUCAGCUUCUUACAGCAUUAAGAGAGUUUUGAAGGCAAUCUUCAAAAAACAACAAAAGCAGCAAAAACAUACAAGAUCAUUGGAAUCCCUGGAAUCACUCGAAAAUCUACGCAAUUCACAAACUGAAGUUUACUAUACAGAAAUUGAAGAUAAUUCGGCUAAUGAGAAAUUGGUUCAUUUUAUUUUGGAAGAAUCGGAACAGCAACAACAAACAGAACCCAAGGAUGAGGGUAUUUAUGUUCCUGUUCGAUUUGCACGCACUGAAGUUGGUACAUUCUUUUGGACUACAAAUUUGCAACCUGUCAUGAGUAUUGUUCCUGCUGCUGAUGAAGAUUUAGUGCAACCAGCUUACUGCUAUAGUAACAGCCAAUAUCCACAAUUGCAAUUUGGUGAUCGAUGGGCCCAAGCAUAAAUUAGAAACAAGUAAAGUGCAUUUUACCAGAAGUUCAUUGAACCCGAAUAUACUCAGGAAAAAUUACACUGCACGAAAGGAAAGAAAGAUUUUAUUUAUAAGAUUGUGAUAAGCAUAAAGAUUACUUAAUUUUUAUUUUUUUUUUAUAAAUUUUUAUAUUAUGACAAAAAUUAUAUAAAUGUGAUAACAAUACAGCUUUAAAAAAAGAAAAAUAUAUAUACAUUACC